ACAUGAAUGUAGCAAUGAUUGAAGACAAAGAGACAACCCUUAUACUAAGUAAUGGCAUCACUUUCACUGAUAAUUUGGAUAUGCCAAGCAUGGUACUCUUACAACAAAAGACUUUUUCAAGAUUAUUGAAGGAAAUCAAUUGCUCAACUAAGGACAAUCCUAUUGUAAUUAAUGAUAAUUAUAAAACAAUCAACUCAAAUGAUAUGGCUAAUGAAAAGAAACUUGCUAAUGAUAAUCAAAAUAUGAGUUUCGAAAUGGAAAAUCAACCCGAAAUUUUAUCAAAUAAUGACCGUGGGCACAUUAAUAAUGAGGUGGUGAGUGCUCCAUCUAUAACAGAGAAAGUUCCAAUCAUCAUGUCAAAUAACGAAA